CAUUUAUGUCUUUGUCAUUUUAGUGGUAAAAAAAUAGUUUUGAGUACAUAUUAAGUUAAAAGUAAAGAUAACGUAUUUAAAUAUAUAUUUUGCUGUGUUAUUUUUUUUUUGUUAAUUGAUUAUGUGAGGGUAUGGCAUACAUUUAAUACGUGGGGAAUUUGUUGACCCACUUUUCAACAGGUGUAUGUCAUAAUAUAGCCCUUUUUCUAGUAAAAAUGAAUUGACGCGUUACAUAUUUUUUAAAUAAAAAUUGUUUUAUUUAAUCAUUCUUACUAUAACUCUUGUUCUGUACAAACAAGUGAUUGUACUAGUGUCGUUCAGUAGCCUUAGAAAUUAAGUUGUAAUGAGGGACUAACUUAAAAUUAUUAAUAAACAUAUUGACGAUGUUAGUAUUUCGGUACUAAAUUAAGUAACUAUCUUAAUUUUUUGUUGUAAACUUAACAUUUCACUAAAAUGGGCCUACUUAUAUCGAAAAUUUGGAGCUUGUUUGGAAACGAAGAACACAAGUUGGUUCUAGUGGGUUUGGACAAUGCUGGUAAAACAACAAUCUUGUACCAGCUGCUGCUGGGGGAGGCGGUGCAUACUCGACCCACCAUCGGUUCUAAUGUAGAGGAAGUUGUAUGGAGGAAUCUUCGCUUCGUUAUGUGGGACCUCGGUGGGCAGCAGAGCCUCAGAUCAGCAUGGAACACUUAUUACACUAACAGUGAGUUCAUUAUAAUGGUGGUGGACUCCACUGAUCGUCAGAGACUGGGGAUCAGUCGAGAAGAGUUGCACCGGAUGUUGGCUCACGAGGAACUCAGCAAGGCCUGUCUACUGGUGUUUGCUAAUAAACAGGAUGUGAAGGGGUCAAUGACCGCGGCGGAGAUCUCUCAGCAGCUGGACCUGACCUGUAUCAAGCAGCAUCCCUGGCACAUCCAAGCCUGCUGCGCUCUCACCGGCGAGGGGUUGCACCUCGGCCUGGAGUGGAUAGCCAGCAGGAUAAAGAAGAAAUGAGUGCGACGCGGGCGGCGGCGGGCGGCGGCGGGCGGACACACUGACACGAGACCCAGAUACAGAUUAUAAUAAUACACUAACUAUACUACCAUAAGAGACGACUUCCGGUUACCUGUUUUAUAAAAUUGAAUCUAUUUUGACGAAAGUAUUGUAAUAAAACUUUUAAUUUGUA